GUUUGUAUGCGGUGGAUGUAUUCAGAGCUUUACUGAUAUUUAUGAAUUAUCAUGGCUGCUAUCACUUCUGCUUCGGCAACAGAACCUCCUGGACUAGAGACCCAACGGCGAGAGAUCGAGACCAUUGUACAGAAUCAUGAACUCCGAGCUGGGGAUAGUUGGUAUUUAGUGGAGAGGAGAUGGUUUGAGCAGUGGAAAGAGUAUGUAAAAACUGGGGAUCAGAACUCUUCGUCCUUUCCUGGACAGAUUGAUAACACAGAGCUCUUUGAGGAUUUGGAUUCAUACCACCUAAAGGAGCGCCUGGUGGAGAACGAGGACUUUGUGUUGAUCCCAGCAGAGGCUUGGCGCAAGUUGUUGGCCUGGUAUGGCCUGGUGGAUGAUCAGCCUGCAUUAGAGCGGAAGGUUGUGGACCUACCCAGCACUGUGAAAGUUGAGGUCUACCCUGUGGAGGUCUUCCUCUGCCUACACAGCAACAUGGACAAUGUUGCGACUGCGAAGUUCAGCAGAGUAGACACCAUACAGACCAUUGAGAAGAUGAUGAGGAAGCAGUUUGACGUUGGCGAGAGCGCUGAGACACGGCUCUGGAUGAAGAGCUCCGACACCAGCUGUGAGCGCCUGCGAAACAUUUACGUGUCCGUCCUUGACUCCUGCCUCAGCUCUGGGAUGACGGUGAUCAUGGAGAUGAGAAAUGCGGACGGGACCUGGCCGAGCUCCAGGCCUCAGAUAAUGAGGAACUCAGCGGAGGAGCAGGACUCGUACAGGGGGCAACCCGGGGUGUGCGGCCUGACCAACCUGGGGAACACCUGCUUCAUGAACUCUGCACUGCAGUGUCUUAGUAACACACCGCAAUUGACCGAGUACUUCCUCCGCAACGCAUACCUCGAGGAGCUCAACUUCACCAACCCCCUGGGCAUGAAGGGAGAGAUCGCCGAGGCCUACGCUGACGUCAUCAAACAGAUGUGGACUGGCAGGCACUACUCUGUGGUUCCGCGUGUCUUCAAGACGAAGGUGGGCCACUUUGCCUCGCAGUUCCUGGGCUACCAGCAGCACGACUCUCAGGAGUUGCUAUCCUUCCUGCUAGAUGGCCUCCACGAGGACCUCAACCGCGUCAAGAACAAGGAGUACAUCGAGCUGAGGGACGCCGAAGGCCGACCUGACCAGGAAGUAGCAGAGGAAGCGUGGCGUAACCAUAGGCGACGAAACGACUCUGUGAUUGUUGACACCUUCCAUGGGCUGUUCAAGUCAACGCUGGUUUGUCCAGAAUGCCACAAGGUCUCGGUGACCUUUGACCCCUUCUGCUACCUGAGCGUCCCCUUGCCGGUCAGCAAGGAGAGAGUGAUGGAGGUGUUCUUCGUCUCGCUUGACCCAGGUGCCAAGCCGGUUCAGCAUCGAGUGGUUGUGCCUAAAGCUGGUAAGGUGAUUGACUUGUGCAUCGCCCUAGCCCAGGCAACAGAUGUGCCAGCCAAUCAGAUGGUUGUGGCAGACGUGUUCAACCACCGCUUCUAUAAAAUUUACCACUCUGACGAGUCUCUGAGCUGCAUUCUGGACCGAGAUGAUAUAUUUGUGUAUGAGCUGAGCAGCGGGGCGGUGGAGGAUGACGGGGAGGAGGUGGUGCUGGCCGUGUACCUGCGGGAGCGCCCCCACUACCGGGACUACGGCUCGGGCAGCAGCUACGGCACGUCGCUGUUCGGCCACCCGCUCCUGAUGGCCGUGCCCCGCGAGCAGUGCACCCGCGACGCCCUCUACUACCUGUUCCUGCAGCGCCUGGCGCGCUACGUUCACACCCCGGAUCCCUCGGAUGAGGUUGAGGAAGAGGAGGCUGAUGAUGAAGGUGGCGAAGAGGAGGAUGAGGAGGAGGAAGAGUUGUACAAGACCCAGACCAAUGGACUGGGCAUCGACAAAGGAGAUGAUGACUGUGAAAAGGCGGGACCAUCCAAGCAAGCUGGCGAGGAGGACGAAUCCACCACUAAGAUGACGCCAUCAGCGGGCCAGGCUGACGGACAGAACAACGGCCAAUCAGAGCCCAGCUCGGAGGACGCGGCCAGCGACCCGGAGAGGGGCAGCAGCUCGGAGGAGGGCCAGUCGGCCGGCAGCAGCAGCGCCGACACAGCCACCCAGUCGGACGUGGCCACCGCCGAGGCCUCUGGGAAGGCGGAGGACCAGGACGAGGAGGACGAGGAACAGGGGGAGGAAGACGACGGGAAGGGCGGGGAUUCGACGGCUACAGCCGGUGCGUCGUCGGGGAAACGGCCGGCGGGGAGCGGGAGGAAUGGGCAGGGCAGGAAGAGGCGGAGACCGCUCUUCACCAUCCAGGCGGUCAACUCCAACGGCACCACGGAGAGAGGGAUGGGCGAGGGGGGCAGCGCCUUCUCCUUCAGCUCUCAGCCUUACGUGGCCAUCGACUGGGACCCUGACAUGAAGAAGAAGUACUAUGACGACAACGAGGCUGAGAAAUACGUGAAACACGCCAGCAUGGAAGUCCCCCAUCAGCAAACUACUGUGCAGCUGCAGGAAUGCAUCGAACUCUUCACCACCGUGGAGACCCUGGAGGAGGAGAAUCCCUGGUACUGUCCAGUGUGUAAGAAGCACCAGCUGGCCACCAAGAAGCUUGACCUGUGGUCUCUACCAGAGGUCCUGAUCAUCCACCUCAAGCGCUUUUCCUACACAAAGUACUCCCGUGAGAAGCUGGACACAAUAGUGGAGUUUCCCCUGCGAGAACUGGACUUCUCCGGCUACCUCUUGCGAAAGCCCGGGGCCAAUGGGGAGCCUCCCAGCCGCUACGACCUCAUGGCCGUGUCGAACCACUACGGAGGCCUGAGGGAUGGACACUAUACCAGUUAUGCCCGGAACAAAGACAAUGGGCAGUGGUAUUACUUUGAUGACAGCAAGGUGACCUAUGCAAGGGAGGAUCAAAUAGUGACCAAUGCUGCCUACGUUCUGUUCUACCAGCGCCAAGACAAGAUCCGUAAACCCACCCUGCCUGCCCCCGCAGAUGGUUGCGCUGCCUCGGUGAAGCCCGCCAACGACUUCACUUCCUCCGACCACGACGGCCUGGCUGCUGCUACUUCCUGUGUCAACAUGGAUACUGACUGAAGCUGUCUCUCUUGACUUCUUUUUUCUUUUUUUCCCGGUCUUAUUUCGUUUGAUCAUUUUGUUUUCCUACCAUCCUCUUUUGGGUGUGUCUGGAUUUUUCGUUUUUCAGAAAAAAAAACAACAAAAACAAAAACUUGAACCUUCUACCUCUUUGCGAACAUGAAAGCAGAGGAAGAGGCUAAAAUCUCAGGCCAAGGAGAGGAGGUGGAAGGGUGGA